UGUGGGAUGAUUGAGAGUCUGUCUUUUUGUUGGAGUCAUUGAUCCAUCGAUUUUCUCUCUCGAUUCCGAUCGCCAAACACGAUUGAUUGUUCAAUCACGAUGAAGACGAUGAAGAUGAAAAUCGUUAUGCUCGCGUUUCUGGUGACUCUCUCUUCAAUUGAAAUCGGAUUCGCUUCUCCGAACACCGUCCCUGCUUUCCUCUGGUCUCCGCAUCUCCAGGCUGGUAAUGGUGGAAUGGAUGAGGCUGUGAAUUAUCAGGUCAUGUCUGCAAAGGAUCUAGUUGACUCUGUUUUCACUCAAGGAAGAUGGUCUAACAUUCUUUGCUCUGAGAAGAAAGUUGAGCAGGCUGUUGAUGUUGCACUUGUGUUCAUCGGUAGAGAGUUACUGUCUUCUGAUGUUUCUUCCAAAAGGAAUUCGGAACCUUCCCUAGUUAACACAUUGAAUGGUCUCUUUACAUCGUCCAACUUCUCAUUGGCAUUCCCAUACAUUGCUGCGCCAGAGGAAGAAAGGAUGGAGACUUUGUUGCUUUCAGGGCUUAAGAAAGCUUGCCCUCACAAUGUAGGAGUCAGCAAUAUUGUGUUCUCUGAUUCUUGCUUUGUUGAGGAUGGGACUAUUCAGAAACUAUCAGACCUGCAGUCUUUCAAAGAUCAUUUGCUUGCUAGAAAAGAAACAAGGAAAGAAGGAGAAACUGACUUGGUUGUGCUCUGUUCCGAGGGUUCUGAAUCAAAGGGUCAAUCUGGCCAGUCACAUUCAGAGCGUGAAAGCAUCUCUGAACUUGUUAGUUCUGUAGAACAAUCUGGCAGUAAAUAUACAGCUCUAUACGUUUCUGAUCCUUAUUGGUACACAUCUUACAAAACUCUCCAAAGGUUUCUAGCUGAAACUGCUACAGGAAACAGCACCGUUGGUGUUGCUACAGCCUGUGAUGAGCUCUGCAAAUUUAAGUCAUCACUUUUGGAAGGCAUUCUAGUGGGAAUCGUUUUCCUUCUCAUCUUGAUCAGUGGACUUUGUUGUAUGGCGGGUAUCGAUACACCAACUAGAUUCGAGACUCCUCAAGAUUCUUGAGCUUGUUGACCCUUUAAAAGAGUCAUCUCCACCUUUUGCUUUGUUUUUGCCUGUGACGGGUCUUUUCUUCUGCAUAGUGCGUAUGGUGAAAAAGGUACUUCAAUGUCGAUUAUUACACUACUUUUAAAAAACAAAAAGAUUGCAUAUGCUAUUAAAAAAGUUCCCUUUGUAAUAUUUAUUCAUCUUGUUUGUGAGUCUUUCCUAAACGUUAUAAGUUAAUAAUGGAGGACGAGUGAGAACCAGAGACACUGGUGAUACUAUAUUCUUUUAUAUAUAUGUUUGAUUUUAUACAGAGGUUUCUUGGUUGUACCGUACUCGUGUCAUUUUGGGGAUUUGGAGAUAGAUAUGGUGGAAUAACUCAGG